AUUAUGAAUCAACGACCUUACUUGGAAUGCUACUUACUUCCUAAUAAUACCAAAGUACCAGCGUCGUGGGAACAGUAUAUAAAGUGAAUUGCUAACCCUGAUAAUACAUUCGCAGAUCGCUUGUGAAACAAACAAUACCUCAAAAUGGCAGCUAAGUUCGUGAUUGUUGCUUUCCUGGUGGCGGCUGCUCAGGGCAGCUCGAUCCACGGCGGAGACUACACCAGCUUCUCGUACGGCGUGUCCGACCCCCACACCGGCGACGUCAAGAGCCAGCACGAGACCCGCGUCGGCGACAGCGUGCGCGGCCAGUACUCGCUCCUCGACUCUGACGGCACAAAGCGCACCGUCGACUACGCCGCUGACGCCCACUCCGGCUUCAACGCCGUCGUCCGCAAGGACCCCGCUCUCUACGCUCACGCCGCUCCCGUGGUCGCUCACGCCGCUCCCGUGGUGGCCGCUCCCGUCGCCUACUCCGCUCCCCUCGCUCACGGCUACGCCGCCGCUCCCGUCGCCCACGGCUACUCCCACGGUGUUGCCACCUACGGCGCUGUCGCCGCCCCCCUGGCCUACCGUGCUGCUGCCUACGGUGCCCACGCCGCUCCCCUGGCUUACGGUGCUGCCGCCUACGGUGUCCACGCUGCUCCUCUUGCCCACGGUGCCAUCUCCUACGCCGCCGCUCCCCUCGCUCAUGGUGCCAUCGCCUACGGCGCCCACGGUGCUCACGGACUCUACGGCUCCCACUUGUACCACUCGCUCUUGAGUUAUUAUAAGUGCCAUUUCUUCAUAGUUAUUUUUAGCAACAUUUUCAUGUACGCUUUUCUAUUCCAGUUCGUGAUUGUUGCUUUCCUGGUGGCGGCUGCUCAGGGCAGCGCGGUCCACGGCGGAGACUACACCAGCUUCUCGUACGGCGUGUCCGACCCCCACACCGGCGACGUCAAGAGCCAGCACGAGACCCGCGUCGGCGACAGCGUGCGCGGCCAGUACUCGCUCCUCGACUCUGACGGCACAAAGCGCACCGUCGACUACGCCGCUGACGCCCACUCCGGCUUCAACGCCGUCGUCCGCAAGGACCCCGCUCUCUACGCUCACGCCGCUCCCGUGGUCGCUCACGCCGCUCCCGUGGUGGCCGCUCCCGUCGCCUACUCCGCUCCCCUCGCUCACGGCUACGCCGCCGCUCCCGUCGCCCACGGCUACUCCCACGGUGUAGCCACCUACGGCGCUGUCGCCUCCCCCCUGGCCUACCGUGCUGCUGCCUACGGUGCCCACGCCGCUCCCCUGGCUUACGGUGCUGCCGCCUACGGUGUCCACGCUGCUCCUCUUGCCCACGGUGCCAUCUCCUACGCCGCCGCUCCCCUCGCUCACGGUGCCAUCGCCUACGGCGCCCACGGUGCUCAUGGGCUCUACGGUGCCCAUCUAUACUAAAUAAUGUAUAAAAAUAUUUAUUCAGAAACUAAUCAACAAUGCUGUGAUCAAAUAAAAUAAUACGAAAUACCU